CACCCCCGGUCAGAGGCUUUUCGUCGAACACCACCAACGCGGAGUCGAGCACAAACCACCGCAGUCAUGCUCCUCACCAAACCCCAACUCUCCAACCCGCUGCUCCCGUCCGCGCCGCCCUCCAACCCCGCUCCCAGCUCCAGCCAUGCCAGGCCCCUCUCCGCCCCCGCCGCCCGUCGCGGCCGCCUCCGCGUCUCCGCCGGGCCGAGCCGAGUGGACGUGCUCUCGGAGGCGCUCCCCUUCAUCCAGCGCUUCAAGGGCAAGACGGUGGUGGUCAAGUACGGCGGCGCCGCGAUGAAGUCGCCGGGGCUCCAGGAGAACGUGAUCCGCGACCUCGUCCUCCUCUCCAGCGUCGGCAUCCGCCUCGUGCUCGUCCACGGCGGGGGCCCCGAGAUCAACUCCUGGCUGCUCCGCGUCGGCGUCGAGCCGCAGUUCCGCGACGGCCUCCGCGUCACGGACGCGCUCACCAUGGAGGUCGUCGAGAUGGUGCUCGUCGGCAAGGUCAACAAGAACCUCGUCUCCCUCAUCAACCUCGCCAAGGGCACCGCCGUCGGCCUCUGCGGCAAGGACGCGCGCCUCAUCACCGCGCGACCGUCCCCCAACGCCGCGGCGCUCGGGUUCGUCGGCGAGGUCGCGAGCGUCGACGCGACCGUCCUCCACCCCAUCAUUGCCUCAGGCCAUAUUCCGGUCAUCGCCACCGUGGCCGCCGACGAGACUGGUCAGGCCUAUAAUAUCAAUGCUGAUACGGCGGCAGGGGAGAUCGCCGCUGCCGUGGGCGCCGAGAAGCUGCUGCUGCUCACGGAUGUGUCUGGGAUACUGGCGGACCGUAAUGAUCCUGGGAGCCUGGUGAAGGAGAUUGACAUUGCCGGGGUGCGACGGAUGGUAGCUGACGGCAAGGUGGCUGGUGGGAUGAUACCCAAGGUGGAGUGCUGCGUGCGCGCCCUGGCACAAGGUGUGCGCACUGCGAGUAUCAUUGAUGGGCGCGUCGAACACUCGCUGCUGCUUGAGAUUCUCACAGAUCAGGGUACCGGCACCAUGAUCACUGGCUGAGGUGGUUAUGACUUAUGGUAUUUUUCUUGCGUCUCUCUGCUCUUAGACAUGUAUUUUAUGGUAAUGUAGACUUGACUCAAGAUUGCAAUAAGAAUGCAUUACUAACAUUGUGAGAAAAUUAGUUUGGUUGAGGUUGUUUUGCGCCCAUUUAUUUGUGACUUUGCUGGCUUCUAGUUGAGAAGUGUAGAGAUAGUUGAGAAGUAAAUUUGAUCAAUUCAGGUUAAAAUCUAUUCAAAUGAAGUAGUAUUUGUUGUACUGCAUUCAAAUGAAACUUUUUAUUAGAUUGUCCUACAAAGGUUGUAACUAUGUAAUACAUAUUAGCUGCACACAUCAUGAGAAGUGAUAUGAUGCUUGGAGUAGUUAGUGUUUACCUUGGAUGAGAGAACAGAGAAGACUCAUGUAAACAGAGAGAGGUGCUUUCAGUAAGUACAGUUGACAGAUUAAGUUUGCAAAAUAAGGCGUUUGCUUUGCAUCUGAGACAGCAAUUGUAUAGCCUUUUAUAAAUGCUUGGUUGUGAAUAUGUUAUAUAUGUAAAUUUGACAUAA